CACUGCUUCACCCACGCAGUCUCCAUGGGUGGGGCUCACGGGAAGGUGUGGUUUUACCUUGACAGGCUGAUAAGGAAAUUAAAGUGGAUGCGAAGAACAGCAAAUGACCGCAGGCAACCAGGAAGCUAAACUACCUCGAAUCUGGAGGAAUGGAAGAACCAACCGAAGUGGACCCCUGAGAUGUAUUGCCUGCCAGCAUCUUUAUCUUAAAUGCAAGAAUUGCUGGUGCCAUUUCCUUCUAUAUAAUGAGAUAGAGACCCAGAGAAGGAAAGAAAUUUGCCCAAAGUGACGCGAGAAGAAGUAAACCAAAGGUAAAGCCAAGGAUGACGGGAGGAAUGACCUAAUUUACCGGGUCGCUACCUUCUUUCACGUAAAAGGGAAAAUCCUAUCCCUUGUGCUUAAUGAAGUUUUCUUCGUCCCAACAAAAAGAAUGAAAGUAGAAAAAGCUUUUCCUUAAAUUAUAGUAAUUAAGGACCUUAAUGCGUAGUUAGAUAAGCUCCGUCGACCCUAGAGACCCGGUUAUUUUUGCAAAUACAAAAUUCAUAAGCUAAGUUACACUUGUUCUGUAUUCUUACCUUCCUGCACCACUAUCACUCUGAGGCGGCUUCGACAGCUGCUCUGUAUCUUUCCGAAUUCUGUCGGGCAGAUUCUGCUGGCGAGGAACAUUGGAAUAGAGAGGCAAGGACAGUUCGAGUACCCUGCAGUUCUUCACAGUCGGCUUCCACUAGAAUUACGUUUUUGUUUGGGGAUUCCCAAAUGGAUACUUGAGCUUAGGAACUAAUUAGCGCAAGUCAAGUUCCCAUCCGGACAAAUGUUUUCGGUGCCUCAGGAAGUGGGGGUGGUUUAAUACCAAUCACCGGAAGUGCUCUUUUCCUAGCUUGGGCGGUUCUGGAACUUUGCUUUUCCAUCUUCUGGCUCGACGCUGGCAAGGACGUUUUGGCUGCCGCCACGAGGAGAAUGAAGAAAGGAGGGCAUCAAGACUCGCUUUAAGGACAUGUUAAUCAGAAUUGCCUGGCAUCUUCCUGAGUAAGACUUUCAAUAGGACUCAGUAUGUUCCACUUCAUCCAGAAAUGUUCUCAAGCAUCUUCAAAGAUGCUGAGGUACCCUUUCUCGGGAUUAGGAGCCAGCAGGAAAACAGAUCAACUUUUUCUCAAGACCUUGCUCCAAAAGAACUAUUUCCCUUUGUAUCCAAGGGCAUGGCACUUGUCAUCAUUUCCAGUGUGUGAGAGCAGGACACGGUGUUAUCACACUUCCCCCUGCUGUUUUAAGAAGAAACAGAAGCAAGCAGAACUUACAACCAGGUCACCAAGCACCAUCACUUACCUGUCUCACAGUCCAAAGCCGGCCCUAUUCUUAACUUUAGCAGGAUUGGUCCCCUUUGUUGCUCCACCACUGAUCAUGGUGAUGACAAAGGCUUAUAUCCCCAUAUUAGCUUUUACUCAGGUGGCUUAUGGAGCUAGUUUCCUAUCUUUUUUAGGAGGGAUCAGAUGGGGUUUUGCUCUGCCAGAAAGUAGUCCAGCAAAACCAGACUACCGUAAUUUAACUAAUAGUAUAGUUCCUGUUGUUUUUUCAUGGUUUGCCUUCCUUAUUUCUGAAGGACUUAAUGAAGCUAUAGUUACCCUAAUAAUAGGUUUAGGGAUCACUUUACACUCUGAACUUUUUCUGUUGCCACAUUAUCCCAAUUGGUUCAAAGCCCUAAGGAUAGUAGUCACUUUCGUGGCCUUUUUUUCAUUUGUAAUCACUUUAUUACUUAAAGAUACUUAUCCAAAGAAAGGACUCCAGAAACCUGAUCAAGUAGAAUGAACAUAAAACUACUCUGUAUGUAUCAUUAGUGUGUUCACUAUAAGCUUUGGAUGGUUGCAUUUUGACAUCACCUUUCUGCUUGUUUGCUUCCAGCAAUGGUAAUUUUUCUUUCCCAGAAAUUUAAACAAAAACAUAAAAAUCCCUCAACUCC